AUGAUUUCAAGAAAUUUCACAUCAAGAUGUUGUCAGAGGACAACUCAAAAAAUUUUAUAUCAAACCAUUAAAUCACAAACAAGAUCAAUUUCCAAAAUAAAUCAUCAAAAUGCUGCUCAAGCUUCUGCCACAUCUUCAUCAAGACCACAACCAUCGCCUGCUUUCAAUACAGUAGACGCACAACUGGUAUCAUCACCACAACCAAUAAAUAAUAUAAAUAAAACUUCAUUAUAUCAGAAGAAUCAACAUCCAAGAAAAUUAAGAAAAGAACAAGUAAUGGAUGAUUCAUUCAUUGGAUUAACUGGUGGUGAAAUUUUUCAUGAAAUGAUGUUAAGACAUGAUGUAGAUACUGUAUUUGGUUAUGCUGGUGGUGCAAUUUUACCAGUUUUCGAUGCCAUUUAUAAUUCAGAUAAAUUUAAAUUUGUUUUACCUAGACAUGAACAAGGUGCUGGUCAUAUGGCUGAAGGUUAUGCAAGAGCAAGUGGGAAACCAGGUGUUGUUUUAGUUACUUCAGGUCCAGGUGCAACAAAUGUUAUUACACCAUUGGCAGAUGCUUUAAUGGAUGGUGUUCCAUUAGUUGUUUUCACAGGUCAAGUACCAACUACAGCAAUUGGUACAGAUGCUUUCCAAGAAGCCGAUGUUAUUGGUAUUUCAAGAUCAUGUACUAAAUGGAAUGUAAUGGUUAAAAAUGUAGCUGAAUUACCAAGAAGAAUCAAUGAAGCUUUUGAAAUAGCAACAACAGGUAGACCAGGUCCAGUUUUAGUUGAUUUACCAAAAGAUGUUACUGCAUCAAUUUUAAGAGAAUCAAUACCUAUAAAUACAACAUUACCAUCAAAUGCAUUAAGUCAAAUCACCAAGAAAGCAGUAAGUGAAUUUACUUCUGAAGCUAUAAAAAGAUCAGCUAAUAUUUUAAAUAAAGCUAAAAAACCAAUUAUAUAUUGUGGUGGUGGUAUUUUAAAUCAUGAAGAUGGUCCAAAAUUAUUAAAAGAAUUAGCUGAUAAAGCAAAUAUUCCAGUCACAACAACAUUACAAGGUUUAGGAGCUUUUGAUCAAAGAGAUUCAAAAUCUUUAGAUAUGUUAGGUAUGCAUGGAUCAGCAGCUGCAAAUACUGCAAUGCAAGCAGCUGAUUGUAUUAUUGCAUUAGGUGCAAGAUUUGAUGAUAGAGUUACUGGUAAUAUAUCUAAAUUUGCACCAGAAGCAAAAUUAGCAGCAAGUGAAAAUAGAGGUGGUAUAUUACAUUUUGAAAUUUCACCAAAAAAUAUAAAUAAAGUUGUUGAAGCAACUGAAGCUAUUGAAGGUGAUGUUACUUCAAAUUUGAGAAAAUUCAUACCAUUAGUUAAUAAAAUAGAAUCAAGACCUGAAUGGUUUAAAGAAAUUAAUGAAUGGAAGGAAAAAUAUCCAUAUGCAUAUCAAUUAGAAACUCCAGGUUCAUUAAUUAAACCACAAACUUUAAUAAAAGAAAUUUCAAAUCAAUCAAUGAAUUAUGGUAAAGAAGUUAUUGUAACUACUGGUGUUGGUCAACAUCAAAUGUGGGCAGCUCAACAUUUUACAUGGACUCAACCAAGAACUAUGAUUACAUCUGGUGGAUUAGGUACUAUGGGUUAUGGUUUACCAGCAGCAAUUGGUGCACAAGUUGCUAAACCAGAUGCUAUUGUUAUUGAUAUUGAUGGUGAUGCAUCUUUUAAUAUGACAUUAACUGAAUUAUCAUCAGCAGUUCAAGCUGGUGCACCAGUUAAAAUUUGUGUAUUAAAUAAUGAAGAACAAGGUAUGGUUACUCAAUGGCAAUCAUUAUUUUAUGAACAUAGAUAUUCACAUACUCAUCAAUCAAAUCCAGAUUUUAUGAAAUUAGCUGAAAGUAUGGGUGUUAAAGGUAUUAGAAUAAGUACUCAAGAAGAAUUAAAAAAUGGUGUCAAAGAAUUUUUAGAUGCUAAAGAACCUGUAUUAUUGGAAGUUUUAGUUGAAAAGAAAGUUCCAGUUUUACCAAUGGUACCAGCUGGUAAAGCAUUAAAUGAAUUUAUUUUAUUUGAUGCUGCUGUUGAAGAAAAAGAAAAAGUUCUUAGAGCUCAAAGAACUAAAGGUUUAUAUUAG